AUGCACCCUGCAGAUCAGAAACUCAUCCCCCCUUCCCCCAUGCACCCUGCAGGUCACAAACUCAUCCCCCCUUCCCCCAUGGACCCUGCAGGUCAGAACCUCAUCCCCCCUUCCCCCAUGCACCCUGCAGGUCAGAACCUCAUCCCCCCUUCCUCCAUGCACCCUGCAGGUCAGAAACUCAUCCCCCCUUCCCCAUCCAAACCCUCGUUCAUCUUCAUGCCAGUGAUUCGCCCCAUCCCUACCGACUCUGUUUCCACCAUCUCAUAA